AAAUAAUUUUUAUUUGAUUCAGAAAAUUUCUGUAGAAAGCUGUGAGAAUUUCAGUUUUAUGGCAAAGAAAUUGGCUCUUUAUUUCAGCUUAUUGUGUUAGCAGAAAAAUGUGGCUCAAGUUAAACUGAUAAAAAUCGAAGAAGCCAGAAUAGUGUGAACUGUAGUUUUUUGUUGGCUAUCAAAAGCAGACCAGAUAUGUGCCUAGACCUAUGGGUGUUUGUAGUUGAGGUUAGUGGCCUCCUUGUGGGUUAGUAAGAGGGGAACUCAGGAACAACACUAAACACAGCAGCUGUAUUUCAUUUUCAAAUUAAAUUCAGUUGUUCUGGUACCCGAUUAAAUCUUCAGGUAACAAGACUUUGGAAUUCUGGAAGAUAAUGCUCAAUCUUUUAAAGAGUCAUCAACAACUUCCUUAUUAUUAUCCAUAGAUUUCUGGCUCAGAAGCCUUUUUUUAUUUAUUUAUAUUCUAUAUAGAAUUACAUAGUUUACUUUUUCCUGUAGUUGUUUCAUAAAUACUUGUUUUUAACCCAUAUGUGCUUGUGGAAAACAUGUAGCGUAGCCUAGUAUGAAUGAAGUUCUCUCUCCUUCUGAGCUUGCUGUUCACUCCCCAGUCUUGUUUAUUACUACUAGCUGAUAUAAUCAGAAAUGGAAAUCAUCUGUUACAAUAAGAAACACGAAAAUAGCAAAAUAUAAAUAAAUCUCCUAGUUUCCUUAGCAGCUGUCAAAUUACUGUUCAUUUGAUUUGGUUUGUAGUCAAGAAAAUUGAUCUGUUUUGUGUACCCUGUCUGGGGAGAUAAGCAGUUGAUUUGGGUUCUACCAGGACAUAUUUAUCAGGUUUUCUGCUGAACUAAUCCUGUGUUAAGUGAUAAGCACAAGUGUGUAUUUGUCAACUUUCUUUUAAAGGAUAUCCUGAUUAAACAAAAUCUUACAUCAAAACAUGAGGAUGAGAGUUAGUUAUAUCAUAAAAUUAUGCCUGUUGUUUCAAGGCACAGUUCUUAAUUCUUUUGCACUCAUUAACUGUUGCAUGCAAUUGCACUCUUGCUUUUGGUUUUCUUGCUUUUGACCGUUGUAUAUUCAUUUGGUGCUGCAUAUUUUUAAUGAAAGACUAUAAUUAAGAGACUAUUUUCCUCUUUCUUUUCUCAUUUCAGCAUGUGAAAAUUGUGCCUAUUUCUUCAGGUCUGAGGACGUGAAUUUUACAUUGACGUUAGAGGCAGCAUUUUUUACACGCUUUGCAGAGUGGUGUGGUCCUGACAAGCUUCUCCUGGUGUCGGUAACAGACCUUUUAUCAUGAGCAAUUCUACUCCAGCUACAGAUAAUGAGAAGAAAAAAAGUAAAGGGAGCAGAUUGCCAUGUUCCCCUUCACGUGUCCUUCAUAUUCGUCAAAUUCCAAAUGGUGUUACUGGAGCAGAAGUUGUUUCAUUAGGUCUCCCUUUUGGCAAAGUAACCAAUCUCUUGAUGCUAAGGGGAAAAGGUCAGGCAUUUUUGGAAAUGGCUUCUGUAGAUGCUGCUGUUUCUAUGGUGAACUACUACACUCCUGCUCCACCUCACCUCCACAAUCAGCCAGUUUAUAUUCAGUAUUCCAAUUACAAAGAACUUAGGACUGACAAUCAGCAUAAUCAAGCUAGACCUCAGGCUGCAUUGCAAGGUGUGAAUGCUGUGCAGCAUGGAAACCUGGGUAUUACAAAUGCUCUUGCUGCUGAAGGUGGGGUCCUUCCAAGUCACGGUUCUGUUCUUCGAAUCGUUGUUGAAAAUGUUUUUUACCCUGUCACUUUAGACAUACUGUAUCAGAUUUUCUCUAAAUUUGGCUUUGUCUUGAAGAUUGUCAUGUUCCAUAAGAACAAUCAAUUUCAAGCUCUGCUCCAAUAUGCUGAUGCAACGAAUGCAUAUUAUGCCAAAAUGUCUCUGGAUGGCCAUAGUAUCUACAGUGGGUGCUGCACUCUGCGUAUUGAUUUCUCCAAGCUGACUAACCUAACGGUGAAGUACAACAAUGACAAAAGUAGGGAUUUCACUCGCAUUGACCUUCCUUUUGGUGAUGGCCAACGAACUGUGGAGACAUCUUUAUCUACUCCCUUCGCCACCCAAAAUACCGUCUUUCCACCAUAUACAGGGCCUCCUGGGUUUGCCCCACCCUUGGGCUUCCAUCAGGGAACAGGUCCUGCUGUUCCUGGAGCACUUGGUCCUCUGACAGUCACCACAUCAGCAGCGCCUGGACACAUGACUAUUCCUGGUAUUCCAGGAAACUCUGUUUUACUAGUCAGCAACCUCAACCCUGAAGCCAUCACACCUUAUGGACUUUUCAUCCUAUUUGGUGUGUAUGGUGAUGUGCAUCGUGUGAAGAUCAUGUUUAAGAAAAGAGGAAUUGCUUUGGUUCAGAUGGCGGAUGCAACCCAGGCUCAAUUAGCUAUCAACUACUUGAAUGGACAGAGGCUUUAUGGAAGGGUCAUGCAUGCUACUCUUUCAAAAUAUCAGACAAUUCAACUUCCUCGUGAGGGACAAGAGGACAAAGGUCUGACAAAGGACUAUAGCAAUAGCCCUUUACAUCGCUUUAAGAAUCCCUGCUCUAAGAACUUCCAAAAUAUCUUUCCUCCAUCUGCCACCCUGCAUCUUUCCAACAUUCCGCCUUCCGUUACUGUCGAUGAUUUGAAGAACCUUUUUACAAGUAAAGGAUCUACUGUGAAAGGCUUCAAAUUUUUCCAGAAAGAUUGCAAAAUGGCUCUUAUCCAACUGGGCUCUGUGGAAGAAGCAGUUCACGCUCUCAUUGAGCUUCACAAUCAUGACUUUGGAGAAAACCAGCAUCUCAGAGUUUCCUUCUCAAAAUCGUCAAUCUGAAUUUUCUGUGAAUUUUCCCUUUAAGGCUGCAUAAUGGUUUUAGUAAAAUCUUCAAAUAGAGACCAAGACAGUUGUGACCAACUCCGUUUCCUGAUAGAAAAACCUCCUUCAUAUACAAAGAAUUAAGUGAUUAUUUAUUCUAAUUCUAGCUGGAAGUAUGUCAUCCAUAUAAAGAUUCUUCUGUGAAAUAGUUUUAGCAACAAUAUUUAUCAUCAAAUUUCCUACUUAAAAUUAUAUUUUGAGAACAUCCUUUCAGCUUUUGUUUGAAAUCAGCCUUACAAAACAAUUUAGAGUGCUUUUACAAUGUACCAAACAAGUAUGUUUAAUGAAAAGGUAAAUCUACUCUGUGCAGAUUAAACACUAAUUUGAAUGUGAACUAGUGCUUGGGUUUCUUGAAGAAAAGCAAACAGUAACUGUGAGUAUCCUCUAAAAAUAGUAUUUAUAUUACCAGGGUGUGUGUUCAUACUUUGGUGAAUCUUUACAAAUAACUUGUUUAUAAAAAUAAAAAGUCUGUGCUGUUCUUUAGAUUAAAUUAUUAGAGAAAAGGCAGUGCCUUCUCUCUAUGGAAUAAAAGGUAUUUGACAAGUUUC